UCCCCAGCCCAGCCGGCAGCGCCUCAGACGCGCUCGAUACCGCGCACACGAGUUCGUCGUCGGGCGCACGGUCGCUUCGGCAAGUCCGCCGCUGCAGUUCUGGUUCCCACGAACUUGAUUCGGGUUUCGAUGCCAUGCAGGAUUAAGCCCAGCCGGCCGAAGAAAGUGGUUUUUCCCAACAGCGCAGGUUACGAUGAACGCACUCUGCAGCAGAGCGACCGAUUAGAGGGUGAGAUCAGUUCUCUACAGGGCUGCGGUGUUUGCACUGUGACCUGUGUGUUUGGAUAGACAGUGAAGGGGACGCAGGUACAUUACAACCAUGGAUAUCGGCAAUGAUGUAGAUCUGUCCAAUAAUAACAUCACUCCGUUGUGGAAACGCCGCACAGACAAUUGUAAAAACCCCCAGGAUUCAAGCAAAGCCAAACCGCGACCCCUCAGUUACCACAUAAAUGGGGUCAUGACGACGGACUUCCCUGUGGAGGACAAAAAGUGUUCCUUCACCUUGAGCCAACCUGCUGAGAGACUGGUGGUCACGGCCCCGUGUUCAGGCAGGAACACUGCGGUGUUGAAGCACACGCUACACAAACCAUCCAGGAAAUCCCGAGUGGUUCGAAGCAUCAGCAUCGGGCACCUCUCCAAUGGACGCUUCUCACUGUCCAAAUUUAGGUCUGAGGAUAGCCGAUCUGCUUCACUGGACAAUAGAGUGUGUAAUGGAGACUGCGACAGGAGGAAAAACAGCAAUGGAGAGACAGUAUGGCCUCAAAAGCAUCCCCUUGGCUCCAGGAAACUCAUGUGCAGUCCGUUCAAUCUGAGCUCACAGAAAGACCAGAUAGCAUUUGGGACGAGUUCACCCUCACCAGAAGCUGUUCCUCCUAACGGUUCCUCUCCUGUCCUGUCUCAACGCUCUCCUAACAACAACAACAACUACAACCACCAUGAACCGAGCUCCCUUUCGUCCGCAUCCAGCCCUUCUCCUCCAGCCUGUCGUACCCCUACCCCCUCUCACAGCUCCACCUCCAGCAUCCCCUCCCUCUCUUCCCUCACCUCCUCAGACCCCCCGACCCCACGCUCCCCAUCACCAGCAGACAGAGGACAGGCGCUCCUCAGACAGUCCUCAUCCUCGCCUGCCUCCUCAGAGGACACAAGGCAUGCCUCUUCCUCCUCUUCCAUCUCUUCCAACUCACUCUCUCCUUGUCUUUCCCCAUCUAUCUUACCCUCCAUCAUUCUCAGCACCCACAGUCCAGCUGCCCUGAAGAUGGGCACCCAGCAGCUGAUUCCCAAGGGUUUAGCAUCCGAUAUUCGGCAGAGCAAGGGGCCUCCCUCCGGGCAGCAAGGCCAAAGUUUGGUAGGGCUGCUGGGGUUGGAUCAUUCCAAGCGAGCUUUGAAAUCCCUCAGCAUGGUGGAGACAGGAGAAUACUUCUCCACAGGAGGGGACCGCAGUGAGGGGACAGAGGGGGAGAGUGAGAGCCCGGGGACACUUAGGAGAGGCUUGAGGAGUACAUCCUAUAGGAGGGCUGUUGUGAGUGGAGUAGACUUAGAGGUCCCAUCGGUAGAUCCCAAGGUCCAUCGGUUGUACCAGCCUGUCAUCAAAGGGCUAAAUGAGGAUUAUCCAGCUUCACCAGUCAGCCCAGCAAGUCCUGGCACUGAAAGCCUCACUAGCCCUAGGACACCCAAGCCUGCGAGCCCUGGGACACCCAAGUCUCCGAGCCCUGGGACACCCAAGUCUCCGAGCCCUGGGACACCCAAGUCUCCGAGCCCUGGGACACCCAAGCCUGCGAGCCCUGGGACCCCGGAACUUGUUAGUCCUGGGACAUCCAAACAUGCCAGCCCCAGGAUUUCAAAGCCUUGUAGUCCUGGGACAGAGAAGCCCCCCAGCACUGGCAAAAACAAGAAUCCAGAUAGGAAGAACGUUUUGACCACUCAGCGGACAUUUGACAGUGAGGAAGAGGAGCUGUAUCAGAACUACCAGGAGAAGGCCUUGCAUAAUGAUUCAGAUGAGGAUGCCGAUUCCACAAAACCCAGUGCUGAUAAUGGCAUCGUGGUGCAGUACAGACCCAUACGCACCUCCUGGAGCCAGCUCAGUGUGGUAAAGAAAAGUGGUCUGUCUGACCGGAUGAGUCAGGAGGAACGCAAAAGACAAGAGGCCAUUUUUGAGGUGAUCUCGUCGGAGCACUCCUACCUCCACAGUCUGGAGAUCCUGAUCCGCAUGUUCAAGAACUCCGCAGAGCUCAGCGAGGCCAUGACCAAGACUGAACACCACCACCUCUUCUCCAACAUCACCGACGUCUGUGAGGCUAGCAAAAAGUUCUUUAGGGAAUUGGAGGAAAAACAUCAACAAAACAUAGUGAUCGACGACAUCAGCGACAUCGUCUGCAAGCAUGCUCAGUCCACCUUUGAUCCUUACGUCACAUACUGCUCCAAUGAGGUGUACCAGCAGAGAACCCUGCAGAGGCUGGUGUCCAAGAAUCCAGCUUUUAAGGAGGUGCUGACCAGGAUAGAGGGCCACCCAGACUGCAGGAACCUCCCGAUGAUCUCCUUCCUCAUCCUGCCCAUGCAGAGGAUCACUCGUCUGCCCCUGCUCAUGGAUACAAUUUGUCAGAAGACACCUAAAGACUCAGCACAAUAUGAAGAGUGUAAGAAGGCUUUGCAAGCAGUGAGCAAGGUGGUAAGAAAGUGUAAUGAGGGAGCUCGCACAAUGGAGAGAACAGAAAUGAUGUACACCAUCAACUCUCAGCUGGAGUUCAAGAUUAAGCCUUUCCCCCUGGUCUCGUCCUCCAGGUGGAUGGUAAAGAGAGGAGAGCUGACGGCCUUUGUCGAGGACAACGGCAUCUUCCUCAAGCGGACGUCACGGCAACAGGUUUAUUUCUUCCUCUUCAACGACGUCCUCAUCGUCACCAGGAAGAAGAGUGACGAGAGUUAUGCUGUGAUAGACUACGCUCUGAGGGACCACAUCUGGGUGGGUUCCUGCCAGCCGGAGGAUCUCAACCUGUCAGCGGUCAGAAGCACCACCAGCAUGCUUAGCUCCCGGCAAGCCGGCGCCAAUCAUCUUUUCCGCCUGCGUUUCCGUAGCAACCACUCCGGUGAAAAGGUGCCCAUGAUCCUGGGGACGGAGUUGCUAAAUGAGCGUGCUCGAUGGAUCAGUGCUCUCGGCCAGAAUGUCAACAACCAGAAGAGUCAGGACAGAAUCAAUGCCAUGCAGAUGGAGGUGAUCAGAACUUACACAGCCAAGCAACCAGAUGAGUUGUCCCUGCAGGUUGCUGACGUGGUGCUGGUCUCGCAGAAGGUAGAAGACGGCUGGUGUGAAGGUGAGCGACUGCGCGACGGAGAAAGGGGCUGGUUCCUCGCGGAGUGUGCCGAACCAAUCACAUGUCUGGCCACCAUUGAGCGUAACAUGCAGAGGAUGGACCGCCUGCAGGGGUUGGAGACUCAUGUGUGAGCAUGACGAGCCAGCUGCUUAAACCACGGAGGGCUUUCCUCGGCUUUUAGUGACCCUUUUUAAGCAGUGAACCCAGAGAAAUGAGUUCGGUAACAGCAUGAGUGACCUGUCUUCAGGGACCAAGCGGACCAGUAUGGGAGCUGUGUGGCUUCUGGACCCUUUACAAAGGGAAUAAAGAUGAAGCCGUAAUUCCGACCUCUGCUCAGCGUUCACGAAAUCUCAGGCACACUGUCUGAGUUUCAAAGCAAAGAAUGAGUUCAGAAGAGAACCCAGUGGAAGAACAGAGAUUUACGUAAUUACUGAUGGGUCCUCGUGUGAGUGGGAUGGUUGGACAGUGGGAUAUGACACAUUCAUUAAUUUCACACCCACAGCCAAAGUCACCGCUUUCAACACCCCGCUACACAACAACCGUUGGUGUUAAAUUUGUACAUUUUGCUGUUUUUCCAAACAUAUUUCUAGAGUAUAAGUGAUGUGUGACGUAAUCAUUGAGACUACAGUACCACUAUAGGAGGUAAGUUAGACCAAAUAGUGUGGAAAAUGAUAGCAGGCUGAUGAAUGCUGUUAAUGAGGCUCAGGCCAUGUCAUUAGGAGGAGCUUUGCCAGUAACAAUGUAACUUCGAAGAUGUUGACAAUGAAAGUGAUAAUAAGGCAAGAGGGUGAGAUUGGCAGCUUCUUUACAGUGUGUGGGUUGGUGUAGAAACUCCUAUGGCUGUUUCAGUGGCAUCUGAUGGCAAGUGAAACUAUUACAGUGAUAUUUACAACAAAAUCCAAUUGGGUGUAUGUUUAGAUGCUGAAGAAAAAACGAUUGCUACUUGUCUAAAGCCCGAGGCACUUUGUGUAAAUAGAAUAACUCAUAAUUAAUUGGAUAAUAUCAAGAAUUAGAGUCAUCUGGGAGAUAUAAUCUCAUAUGUGAUCCAUAUGGUUAAGCAGAAGGGCCGAGUAUCUGUUUCCUACCUUGCUAUUUGUCACCAGUUAAUGUCAACUCUCGUAACUCAGACUCUGCAUUUGUGUCACAAAUGCCAUCAUUCUCUCCAUCCACUCAAUGAUUUGGACAGCCUGAAUUAUCACACACACUUGAUGCCAGCUAGAGGUGUACAUAUAAAUACCCCCCCCCCCUUAGGAUUUAUAUCUGUGAUGUUACAGAGGAAAGCUAAAAUUAAUUUGCGUGUGCUGAUGGUAAGAGAUGAGUGGCCCUGCCUGGCCCUGCUUUUAAUUUGAUUGGCCGCCGUGACUCAUCUUUUUAGUGUUGCCAUGUCAAGCUAAAGGAAAUGAAUGGCUUGGUCAGAGUCUGGGGAUAACGCCAUCUAUCAAGCCCAGUGCUCUAGCCCCGGGCCAAAUGACAACCACAACUGUUGAGCUACACGAAGGGAGGUAUGACAGUAGUGGGCAUAGCAUCCUGCAGGAAGGACAAGAGUAUUGACACUCUUAAGAGAGCAGACGAAGCUUUGCAUUUGCACUCAGGGAAAAUUAGCUAUGUGAUACCACACAUCUAAGCAUGAAUUGAGUUUAUUUCAGUCACUUUCUGUCCUUGUAACUAUUGUAAAUCAUCUGUGUACGUGUAAAUAUGUAAAACAGCCUGAAUUGUACCAUGUAUGUUUUCCAAAAUACAGAUUUAUAUUGCAGAAAUUUGCAUAGUCAACCUUAUAUAUUUUAA